AUGGCGGGCAACGACCUCUCAGAUGCGCGGCGUCGCUCGCAGUCGCGCGCAUCAACAAGCUCCUUGCAUAGCGCCAGUACACAGCCAAACAUCGACCAUGGAUUCGCCGACCUCUACUCGACACAAUGGCUUGACGGAGGCGACCACCACCAUCAUCACCACCAAGCACAACCAAAGGGCCUUACUGCUGCUGCCGCAGCAGCCGGUGGCCAUCCGCUAACUCCAGAAGAAAUCAUCCUGCAGGCGGCGUCGCAACUCGAGGCCAACCCCGAGUUUGGCGGCCUCGACACAUCUAUGACCACUUCUGUUGCCGGCAAUGGCUCCCAAUCUUUUCAUCACCACAGCCAUGCCAAUGGCAUGGGCCACCAACAGUCACUCCAGGGCGACAGCUUCAGUGCAGAUAACAGCUUCGCAGAACUGGACAGCCAGCUGGCUAUGGAACGUGAUCCCAACGAGGAAGGGGAUUCCUCCCUCGCUCUCGCCGGUCCCCCAAAACCUUCACGCUCCAGUGCGAACAAUGAGCUGGAGAUGCGCCAGCUGUUCAACGCAAAUCAGAGCCGUAGCUUGCAAGAAGUGGCCGAGGAGCUCCACGGGAACGAGCGUGGGCCCAAUUCCGAACGCACCCGCCAGGUGUUUGCAAUGCUCUGGAUAAAUCUAGUGUGUUCCAAGGGUAAAGGCUCUGUUCCUCGCGGCAGAGUAUAUGCCAACUAUGCGUCUCGCUGUGCAACGGAGCGGAUAACCGUGCUCAACCCGGCCAGCUUUGGAAAACUAGUCCGGGUUUUAUUUCCCGGUUUGAAGACGCGCCGGCUAGGCGUCCGUGGCGAGUCGAAGUAUCAUUACGUGAACUUUACGUUGAUCGAGGAUGAGACGGAUACACGCGACUCGCCAAAGCUCCGACAAGUGCCCCUACUGGACAUCAGCUUUUCACAAACUUCAAGCGCCGACACAGAACCGUUUUCGCAAUCCGAUCCGCUCGUCCUGCCACGGAUUGAGCCUUUCCUGCCAGCCGGCACCGAUCCUGACGCAGCAAAGUCGUUGACAGCUCUAUACCGAUCGCAUUGUACCUCGCUGGUGGAGUGCAUUCGCUAUUGCAAAGAAAAGACCUUCUUUCAUCUUUUCACAUCCUUCCAGGGCACGCUCACGAUGCCUGUCCAGAAGCUGUUUGCCCACCCAUCUGUUACGCCGUGGAUUGAAGAAUGCGACUUUGUUCUGUAUCACAGAAUGAUGCGCAUUAUUUCCGGACUGACCCUGCAGGUCGUCCCCAAGCCUGUUCUUGAUACACUCCGAAGCAUCUCCGAGCGGCUGGUGCCACACAUCCGCGACUCCUUCCAGGGCCAGCCAGCGCAUGUUAUCCGGGCCAAGGAAGCACCAGCAACGCUUUUUGCCGGCCUCCUAGACCGGGCGCUUCGAGUCAAUUUGACAGCGCAUGCGGCUGCGAACAUGCUCUCCAACCCAGCCAACCGCGACCAGAUGUACAUCGACUGGAUUACAUUAGUUCGGAUCCGGAAGAUUGCCGAAUGUAUACCAGCACGAGGCAUGGAUGACCUAGUGAAUCUGAUCCUCUCCGAACUACGCAGCCUCCUCGAUCCGAUAAACAUUGCGUGGGAGGUUGAGUCAAUGACGCUGUAUGGACAAAUGGCGGCACGGAACGGACCUCGAAUGGGAGACGCGAGCAACGCUGAUGGCGGUGCAUCGAACGUCUUGGACCGUUGGGUAAACUUCCUGCAGUCUCUUCCGGAGCGGUUUCCCUAUGCCUCGCACAGGAAUAUUGUAUGGUGUGUGCAGCGUGUGGGUACCGCUGUGAUGCGGGACCUCACGAUCCAACAAGGAAAGAGCUUCGGGUCGUGGUGGGUGACAAAGUGCUGGAUCGACGAGAUGGUGUCGUUCUUGGCUGAGCAAGGCGGAUUCCUCCGACAGACGUCGUCUCAACAAGAUCUGCUCAAGGGCAGCCAAGACGGCGGGUUGAUACAAAAGCACAUGCCUGUGGGGCGGGAUCUGAGCCGACGAGGAGGGCGAUACCGGACAGAGAGCGAGGACUCUGGACUGCAACAUGUCACGCAGUCACAACCUGACCGAGCUCCGUUUCCUUCAGCGCCUGUCCAGGGAGGAUCAACAACCAGCCACGACGUUUUGAACAUGGGAAACGGGAGCCCUGAUGACAGCGGCAUCGGCAUUCGGACCCCGGACGAGGACUUUCCUAUGGAGAAGUUUACUUUCUCGAACGCAGAGAGCCAGGAACUCAUGGCCAGUGCGGGGCUGCACUAA